AAUUUACAUAAUUUAAUUAAAAAAAAAAGCAACAAUAUAUCACAGUGUCUCUCGUGGUUGUUCCUUAUGUUUGUUAACACCCCAAACCCUCUCUCUCUUCUUCUGAGUCUCCUCUUCUUCUAUCUAUCAUCUUAUACCCUGCAAUCUUCAAACCCUACCCUCUCUCUCUCUGAAAUCUCUCUCUCUCUGAAAUCUCUCCCAACGAACUUUCAUCUUCAUCUUCGCAUUCGCAUUCUUCAAUCGAAUCCGUUUCGUUUUCCGAUCUAAUUCCACCAAUCUCGAACUUCCAUGGCGAUGAACGACGCAAAAAUGAAUCUCCCCGACGAUCUCUUCUCUUCCAAACUUUCCGAUUCGCACUCUUCUCUCAAAGAUGAAGCGUCAGGAGGACACGGGGAGAAAGGCAUUGCAGGACUACUCGAUGUUUCGAAAGAGCAAUUGUCAUCUGACAGCAGCAUACCGUUAUCACCACAGUGGCUUUAUUCCAAACCUGUUGAUGCAAAGCCAACUGCCAACCCAGCAGGGGUGAAUUCCAAUGAUCCUAUACUGAAGGAUAAUUGGCGUUUGGAGGGGUCCUUGGACAAGAAAGAUUGGAGAAAGACUGCUCCUGAUGACAUCAAUCGUAAGUGGCGUGAAGAGGAGAGAGAACCAAGUUUACCUGGGAGAAGGGAUCGUAGAAAAGAAGAUCGUCGUGUGGAGAACACUUCAACCUCCGAGAAUAGACCCUUGCCUGCUGAUCGCUGGAGUGAUAGCCGGGGUUCUGGCCAUGACUCUCGAAGAGAGAAUAAGUGGUCAUCAAGAUGGGGUCCUGAAGAAAAAGAGAAGGAUUCUCGAAGUGAGAAAAGGAAUGAUGUGGAGAAGGAAGAUGGCCACACAGAAAAACAAUCUACUGGUGCUAGCAACCGUGCAGUUUCCGACCGUGACACUGAUUCUCGUGAUAAAUGGAGGCCACGGCAUCGCUUGGAAGCUCAAUCAGCUGGUGUGGCUACAUACCGUGCCGCACCUGGAUUUGGGCUGGAGAAAGGACGUACAGAGAGCUCCAUCGUGCGAUUCUCACCUGGAAGAGGAAGGGCAAAUUUCAAUGGAAACCUACAAAUUGGAAAGCCUCCCAUAGGCUCUAGUGUUGGAUCUGUACUUUUGGAUAAUAAUAAAACUAUACUGGGGAAGUCUAUUGGUGCUGAUUCAUAUUGCUACCCAAGGGGUAAGCUUCUUGACAUAUAUCGGAAGCAAAAGAUAGAUCCAACUUUUGAGAGUAUGCCAUCUGAGGUGGAGCAUACAUCACCAAUAACUAAAAUUGAUUCUGUAGAACCAUUAGCAUUUGUUGCUCCUGCAGCUGAGGAGGAGGCUGUCCUUACAGAUAUAUGGAAGGGAAAAAUUACUAGCAGUGAAGUCUCAGGCUACUCCGGUAAAGGAAAGGAUGGAGGGUCAAUUGAUGAUAUUUCUGGUUCUGGUGCUUUAAGUGAAGGAAAACAACCUUCAAUCAGCAGUGGAGGAAAUGUCAUAUCAGGAAACGAAAUCUUAAAUGAAUCUGAUCAAAUUUUUAUUGGAUCAGCAUCAGCUGCUGGUGGUUCAUUGACAAAUGCAGCUGCAGAAAUUGCAAAAUUUCAAGAGGGCAAGCAGAAAAAUGUGCCAACUAUGGGAAUGCAUUGGAAAGAUGAGAGCUCUGGUAGUAGUAUUAGGGAGGGAAUCAUUCCUAGAAACAAGGUUGCUGAAUCAGAAGCUUUUGCUUACCAUCAGGGACAACUUUCUGCUUUUGAGGAACAUGCUAAUCAGGAUGCGAUCAAGUCAAUGGCUUCAGAAAUUAGUAAAAUCCUACCUGAUGAUUCCCGCUCUCUCUUUGAUUUUUCAUCUCUGCGACAAAGUCCAGGCAUUAAUCAACAUGACUUGAAAAUUAAUGAGAAGAUAUAUCCAUCUGAAAGUGUCGCUGCUCCUGAGGAGUUGAGUUUGUGCUAUCUGGACCCUCAAGGGAUGAUUCAAGGACCCUUUCUUGGGAUUGACAUCAUUUUGUGGUUUGAACAAGGGUUUUUUGGGAUUGACUUGCCUGUUCGAUUGUCUGAUGCCCCAGAAGGAUCUCCAUUUCUAGAGCUUGGUGACAUUAUGCCUCAACUGAAAGUCAACACAGGGUUAGGUUCUGAUAGUAACAUGGUUAUUCAGUCAGAACCAUCCGAUGCCAUUGGAAGGAACCUAAAAAUUGAUGUAAAUACAUUUGACUAUAAUGGGUCUUCUUUUGGUGAUGAUCAACCAUGGUCUUCAUCCCGUCCUGAUGCUACAUCCAGUGUUGGUAUUCAGUCUCAAACACCGAAUCAAAGUUAUCUCCCAGAAAUCAAGUUCUCUGAUGAGCAGUGCUUCAGCAAUAUUGUUGCACAUGACGAGGGUAUCACAUUAUCGAAAUUGGCGGGAAGCAGCAAUGACAACCCUUUGAUGAGGCCUCUGGAUGCCAAUGCUCCAUAUUCCCAUCAUCAUAUUGGAAAACCUGUCACAAAUGAAGUUAUAGGGAGUGAUACUCAUAAUAGUGAGGCAGAUAAGUUGCAUCCCUUUGGUUUAUUGAUGUCUGAACUCAGAGAUGGCUCUCAUUUAAGGCGCGCACAAUCCUCCAAUAGUUCUUUGAGAUUGGGUGACCAGGGUCAUUUUACUGAUCCAUUAAUUGAUAGAGAUGGUCCUUUUAGUGAUCAAAGCUCUAUGGGUGGCAUGGUUAAUCAGUCUUCUUUCAGGGAUACUUGGACUGAUGAAUAUGGGAUAAAUAGGCCUCUUAAUCCUAAUCAGCGUGUUGGUUCAUUAGAAGAUCAGUUCUUGUCUCGGAUGGGACCAAACUUCAAUAAUUUUGAGGUGGCAGACCAUCUUAUUUUGCAAAAGCUGCAGAAGGAACAACAACAGCAGCAGGCCGAACGGCUUCGGCAGCAACAGGCGGAACGACUUCAGCAGCAACAGGCGGAACGACUUCAACAGCAGCAAGCGGAACGACUUCAGCAGCAGCAGCAGGCAGAGCGACUUCAGCAGCAGCAGGUGGAACGACUUCAGCAGCAGGCUAAUAUAUCUAAUCAUUUCCCUGCACAUCUUAAUGGGACGGAUUUAGAUAGAUUUCCUGGUUUCUCUCCAUCUCAUAGCAAUAACUCUGGCAUCCAGCAAAUGAUGCAGAAUCCUGGGUCAGAUUUUGAACGUCUUUUCGAACUGCAAGCUCAACGCCAGCUUGAGAUUCAACAACAGCAAGAUAUGCACCAUCAACAACUACUUCACCAACAAUUGAAACUACAGCCCCAACAACAGUCUCAAGUUCAACAGUUGCUUCUUGAACAAUUAAUGCAUCAGCAGAUAUCUGAUCCGAAUUUUGGACAAUCAAAACAUGACCCUACUAGGGAUAACUUGUUAGAUCAGGUACAAUUGAGGAGAUAUCUACAUGACUUGCAGCAGAAUUCACAUUCUUUAGGACACCUUGAUCCAUCGAUGGAACAGUUUAUCCAAGCAAAUAUUGGCCUCAAUGCUGCGCAAGGAAGGCAAGCUGAUUUGUCAGAGCUCUUGUUGCAAGCAAGGCAUGGUAAUAUAUUGCCAUCGGAACAACAGCUUCGUUUUCAAGAUCAGUUUCAAGCUCAGCAAUUGUCAUUGGCUCUUAGACAGCAGUUAGGGUUGGAUGGGGAAAGGCAUUUUGGCAGGUCGUGGCCAAUCAAUGAAACCGGACAGUUAGUAAGAAAUCCAUCAAACCACCAAUUGGGUCAUUCAGCUGGAUUUAAUGUUUCAGAAAUCCACAAACAACAGCAGAGGCUUGUUGCACAAGAGGAGCAAUUAAAUUUCCUGGGGAGGAAUCAUCUUGAGCAGAACCAAAGAGGGUUCUAUGAUCCUAGUUCUAUGAUGUUUGAGAGGUCAUCACCUGUUUCUGUGCAAGGAAGGGAAUUACUAGAACGCCGUCGCUACAUGCACCCAACUGAUCAACUAGGUGCUUUGUCUUCCCACCACAACCUGCAAUCAUCUGAUGAUCUUUUUGGUCACCACUCCCUCUCUGGGAACAAUGGGCAUGUGGAUAAUAACUGGGUUGAUCCACGGGUCCAGCUACAACAUCUUGAAGCUAUGAGGCAGAGAAGAGAGUUAGGGGAUAAUAUUACAUCGGCAGAUCUUAACAUAUCUGCAUCUGCUGGAGGUCAUGAAGAUAGUUCAGGACGAGGUUUUGUGGACCUUCUUCAUCAGAAACUGGGUCUUCAAUCUGCACAGUCAUCAACUGUUGAUAAGUGGCAUCAUCCCCUCUCGUCAAGAAGUCAUGAUAAAUCUUGGCAUGUUCCUGAGGCUAGUACAUUAAUUCAUCCUUUUGAGCUUCCUCCGGAUCAGCAAGCCCAUCUGAAUGAUCCGUUUCUAGAGAGGGCUCAAAGUGCAAAUUCCAAUGCUCUAAUGCAUGAUCAUUUAAGCAACAUGCAUAUGAAUGAGCAUUACAACAAUCUAGGGAAUACUGAAAGAGUGCCUCUUCGGUCAAGAUCUGGUUCACUACUUGAAGACCAAUCACUGUUAUCUACGAAUAAGGAUGCUCUGCAUCCCAAUUACAGAAUUCCUUUUCAGAUUGGCAAAUCAUCUAUGGAAAAAGACAUGCUUGAGUUGGAUACCAAUAAGGGACACAGGCAUGAUUUUAUGGGCACAAUGAGCAAGUUUGUUCCUGGGAUGUCAGACUUGUCAGAACAAGUGGAAAGCACCAUGCCUUCAAUGGAAAUGCCUAUUGCCCACAGUAGACAUAGCUCACUAAGCAGUGCUGGUGGUGAUGGUGGCUCUUUUGGUCGUGAGAUGGGUUUGAAUAGUUCACGAGGGGAUGAGGUGUCUAUUGACAGGAUUCCUCCUUCAACAAAAGGGUUUGAUAAUGCUUUCCAUAAGCGCCCUCACGUAUCUCGGGUUUUGUCCUCCCCAGAUGUUCAGUCAGACCAACCAUCUGUACCUCCUGCCAAUCAGAACCAUUUAUUAAACAUCACAUCCAAUGAAGGGAGGAGAGAACCGUCUGGAAAUUUGUCAACUACAAACAUGGCUGAUGCUCAAGCAGCUGGGAAGAAGGAGGCUCGGUUUAGAUCUUCAUCCUUCAGUGAAGGUGCUAUGUCAGAAGCAUCAUUUAUAGAUAUGCUCAAAAAGCCCGUUCUCCCUGAAGCGGAUGCACAUCCAAUCAGUGGAGCUGGGGCAGAAUCAACCGAUGGUGGUCAAGCAGGGCGAGGUGGCAAAAAGAAAGGAAAGAAAGGGAAACAGAUAGAUCCUUCUCUUCUGGGUUUCAAGGUCUCGAGUAACCGGAUCAUGAUGGGUGAGAUUCAACGCCCUGAUGAUUAAUUUUUGAUGCAUGUAGAUUCUGUAUAAGUUUUUUCCAUUCUUUUUUUUUCAUAUAUUUUUUUAUUGGGGGUAAGGGAUACUGGUGUAUAGUCAACUAGAGCAUAGCCAUAAAUAUUUCUAUACAACAGUUUUUUACAAUAGGUGUUGUAUGUUUUUCGAAAACCGGUUUCAGCUUUGACUUGGUGUGCAGUCACUGAAGAGUGUUUGUAUAUAUGAGGAAGCUAUGCGUUUUUGCAAUUUUUAUUGGGCAAAAUUAAUGCCAAGGUUAUUAAAUUACCGUAGUUUCGAGUAGUUUCUAAUA